GGAAUGGGGAUCAGUGGGCUGGAGGAGGGAGGCUGUCUUGGUCGAGGUCUGUGCUGUGCCUGGCACAAUAGCACAAGAAUAGUAGGAGGAGCUCAUGGGGGCAGAACAGUGUGGGAGGGGAUCAUAAGAAGGGAGGAGCUUUGGGAACAGAAUGAGGUGGGAGGGUGUUAGGCCCAGUAGGUGCCAUGGAGGAGGCAGAUUCCUACCCCGCCCUGUCUCCAUCCCUCUCCCCACUGCAGUUCGAUCCAGUGACAGACAGACACGGCCAUGGCUCUGAGGGGACCUCGCCCAGCGCUCCUGCUGCCGCUCGCCCUGCUGGCCGCCUGCCUAGUCCUGGCCAGUGGGCAGCCAUGGAUCGAGCCGAACUUCAUUUUCCAGAGGAAGCAUGUGAACUAUCCAAAGACUCCCGCCCCGGACGCCAACGACUACUGCAACAAGAUGAUGCUGCUUCGGGGACUGUAUGGGAAGGCAGUCAACACCUUCAUUCACGAGCCUGUCUCAAAUAUCAACAGAAUCUGCAGGGAUGAUGGGAUACCCAAAAUAGGUGGCCUGCGCGAGAGCAAAGAUGAAUUCAGCAUCACUCAGUGCAUAUUUAACCCUGACACACUGUCAAUCUCUUACAUCGGGGUAGUGAAGAAGCUGAAAAUUAUCGUUGGCUGCUGGAAUUUUUACGCUGUGUACUACCUGGAGCAGCUCUAG